AUGGAGCAGCCAGCUCCCAGCAGCGCUGAAGGUGGUGCUGCCUUCUCCCUGCUUUCUGCAAAGGAGCGUUCGGCACCGGGGUUUCUCCCAUGGGGAAUAACUCAGCUCCUUUCAGAGGUGGCUGAGCCCUCUCUGCCUCCCACGAGGCAGAUCCCGGCGCUGCCACCGGCGGAGCCCCGGCCUCUCUCCCGCCCAGCGGAGCCGAAGAAAGAGAAACCCCUGGAAGAUGAGAAAUCCCCGGCAGUGCUGACGAAAAGCCCCCGGGCCGAGCUCUGCGGCGCUCCCGAAGCUGUGACAUGCCAGCCCCAGGUGCGGCCACCCCCGCAGCCCCCCGGGCCCUGCACCCUCCUGCUGCCCAACGGAGCCGGGCGGGGGCCGGAGCCGGGCGGUGCCGUCGGGGAGGCAGGGAACGGGACCUGCCGGGCCGUGCCCAGCGCGCAGAAACCGCACCGAAAGCUGCAGUCACACCACUCCAUCCACAGCCAGAGCAGCAAGAAGAGCAAGGGCAGCUCCAAGUCGCCCUCCUCCCACAUCCCCAUUGAGGCGCAGGAAGACUGCUGCGUCCACUGCAUCCUCUCCUGCCUCUUCUGCGAGUUCCUGACCCUCUGCAACAUCGUGCUGGACUGUGCCACCUGCGGCUCCUGCACCUCCGAGGACUCCUGCAUCUGCUGCUGCUGCUGCAACUCGGGCGAGUGCGCGGACUGCGACCUGCCCUGCGACAUGGACUGCGGCAUCAUCGACGCCUGCUGCGAGUCCGCCGACUGCCUGGAGAUCUGCAUGGAGUGCUGCGGGCUCUGCUUCUCCUCCUGA